CACCAGGCAUAAGCGGUGAGUGAGUGCAUCGACCUUCCAUCAGCUAUAUCCUAGGUCGAUCUGAUCAUGGCAGCAGCAAUGUUCCCGAGGCUCGCUGCCAUGGCGGCGCUGGUCGCCCUGAUGUGCGCCGUCGCUGUGGCCCAGAAGGUACCUGCCAUAGGCGGUGCGCCGGUGUGCGACGGUGUCGAUCAGAACGUCGUGAAUGCGUGCUUCAAGAGCUUCGGAGAAGGUAACAAAGAUGCCACUGCCGACAGGAUUAUUUCGGGUAAAGUCAGUCAGGUUCAAGUGGACUGCUGCGUCGCCUUUGGAGGCCACUCAUGCCUCUGCAAGAUGAAGAAGGCGUGGAAGGCUCCGGCUCAAAGCAAAAGUGCCCAGGUGGAAUGCGUCAAGCAAAAGGCCUGCUAAUGAGCGCGUGGGAGGUCUCUUCGUGCAUGCAAGACCUCUAGUUCGUUGGAUAUGUGUGUUUCUUGCAUGUUGGUUUCAAGCGGUGGAUGUUCACCUGCUCCUUCUUGCUUUUAUUUGUUUGUGUGUGUGUCAUGUGAGUGUGUUCUGUUUUUCUACGUAUGAGAACGUUGAUCGGUCGGUUGUGUCUUUUUUGUUUGUAUCAAUCAGAAAUAAAUGUGGGUGAGAUUUCUUGUUUCA